UCGUCCCAAAUAUAUAAAAAAAAAAUUCAAUUAGAAAAAGUUGUAUAAAUCACUUGAAAAAGAAAAUGGUAGUGAAGUGGGAACCGAGGAGCAGUAGUGAGCAGAGCAGCGCUAACAAUGGCGGAAAACGAGAAUCGCACCUCAGAACCGUUUCGCCUCUUCUCUUCCUCCGCCAGUAACGUCAAUUCUGGUUUUGGAUUUUUCGACUCUCCAGAGCCGCAGCUCCCGCCUCCACCGCUACCUCCUUCUGUGGAAGUACUUUUCUCCGAGGCUUCGUCGUCUGUGAAAUAUACUGUGGAGCCUGUGAACUUGUUGGGACUUAGUUUGCUCAAGGGUCGUGUUAGUACUCGAGAGGUUUUUGCUUUGUUGAACUCAGAUUUAGUCCCUGGAAAGUAUGAAGGGGGUUUGAAGCUAUGGGAAGGUUCACUAGAUCUGGUUAAAGCUCUUCGCUCUGAGGUUGGAAAUGAGCUUUUAACUUUUACUGGGAAGCGAGUUUUAGAGCUUGGAUGUGGUCAUGGACUCCCUGGAAUCUUUGCAUGCCUUGAGGGUGCCGCUGCCGUUCAUUUCCAAGACUUUAAUGCUGAGGUCCUAAAAUGCCUAACAAUACCCAAUGUAAAUGCAAAUCUUCAGAACGAACAACAAAACUCCAAAACAGAUGUAACAGAUAGUGAGGCAGUGACAGAAGUUCGUUUCUUUGCUGGUGACUGGAGUGAAAUUGAUAAACUUCUUCCUUAUGUUCGCGACAGUAAGAAGGAAUUCAAUUGUAGUACAGGAAAUUGUUCUGUUGAUGGUUAUGAUAUUAUUUUAAUGGCAGAAACAGUAUACUCUGUCACUGUUUUCCAAAGACUUUAUGAACUUAUAAAAAAGUGCAUGAGCUAUCCACAUGGUCUGGUAUAUAUGGCAGCAAAGAAACAUUAUUUCGGAGUGGGUGGAGGAACCCGACAAUUUUUAGCAAUGGUGGAGAAAGAUGGCCUUAUGGCUUAUAGCUUGGUUGCUGAAGUUACAGAUGGCUCUUCUAAUGUCAGAGAGGUUUGGAAGCUUUCCUAUAAGUAGGUUUUCAAAUUCCAUUUAUCAUGUUACUAAAAUUCAGUUUUUAUGUCCUUCCGCUUUAUUGGUUUCUCACUGGGCCAACCAAAAAUCACCUCCUCUAUGAAAGAAUGAAUCAAACUUAAAGUAGUAUACUAUGUGGAGAGAACAUGUAGAGGAUGCUUGAUAAUUAGAUAGCCUCAAUUGAAGUUAUCAUUCACAACAUUUUGAAUUUUUGAAUCACUUCAUGUUGCUAACUAUAAAUAGGUGAGAACAAUUAUAAUUUUGUUCCAA